GAGUGCGGGGUCGUUGCGUGCCGCCAUGCCCAAGUACUACGAGGAGAAGGAGGAGGACGGGCGGGCCUGCGGGGGGGUGCGGGAGGACCUGCGGCAGUGCCUGCUGGAGAGCCCCUGCGUGCUGCAGGAGAAGAAAAGCCCCAAGCAAUGCUUGAGGGAAGGGCACUGUAGAAGUUUGCAAAAUACGUUUUUUGCAUGCAAAAGGUCGAUGUUGGAUGCCAGGACAAGAUUCAGAGGAAAGAAAGGAUACUGAAGUCCUUGUGAAAGAGAACCAGCUGUGGGAAAUCAGGAUUCAUCAGAACUGAAACAGAGGCUUAAGUAAGAAGAUCGUAUCUGCUGCAUCCUUUUGUGCACUGUUGUCAUAGAAGGUGUCUACUGCUGAGAAUUCUGACAGCUUGACCUGGAUGUGCAUUUAAAUGUUAAAAAGAAGGCAUGCAUAAAGCUGCAAGUUCUGGCCAAAAUGGGUACCUGUCGUGCACUUGUAAUAAAAUAUGUAAAAUCCAGAAUAAGCUGCAAAAG